AUGCUUCUAAUUGAAGUAGCCAAAGACUUUGUGGCUACAAUUGAUAACAAAAAGACGGACGGGACAACUGUAGAGGCCAAGAAGCAUAAGCAUUAUGCAAGCUUGGAUGGCGUUGACCAAAAAAAUGUAAGCGAUGAUAAGUCCGAGCUGUACAAGACAGGAGGUGGAACAUUUUGCCUUAAGACAACUGCAGUUGAUGAAAAAGUUGUGACCUUGUUACCUCCACAAUUUAAACCAUUAUUUAAUGAUUUUGACUCAUCAGCACCAUAUUACACCAUAGAUAUGUUGAAACACAACAGUUAA